CAGAUUUUGACAAGAUCAAACUGACAGCAAUAAAUUACUCAUAAACCAAAGAUUAUCAAAGCAUAUCAGUGCAAAUUAGACAAACCAGACCAAAAUCCCGUCAAGUAAAAACAUUGUUGAGUGCUAACUGCGAAGGCAGGUGCUUCGCAUUUUGUGCUAAAUCUGGCAAGAAGCUUCAAGUUUCAGAACACACUCUCCUGGAACAGCUUCAUUUCUGAUCAGCGAUCCCUCAGCCAUUGAAAGUUCGGUCCGGGAGAUGGAUGCAGCUGUCCCGGUGGCGGUUCUAUCGGUGAUUUUGGGAGCUUUUAUUGCAUUUCUUGCAUUCGGGAACUAUUUCCAGAAGCGGAAAUCCGAAGUUGAAGCGAUCUCUAAAGCUGAAACUGUUAAAAGUAAUCAAAAGAAUUCUUCUGUGCAUUCCCAACAGUCACAUUUCUCCUCCAAGAAAUCUCACGCUAAGACUCACUAUCACGCCCCUGCCGAUAAGGAAUCGAGCAAGCGGCAUCAUACACUGGAUUUGAAUACCCUAAAAGGCCAUGGAGAUUCUGUCACUGGCAUUUGCUUCUCUUCUGAUGCAUCUAGUUUAGCUACUGCUUGUGCUGAUGGAGCUGUGAGGGUUUUCAAAUUGGAUGAUGCUUCAAGUAAAAGCUUUAAGUUUUUGAGGAUUAAUUUACCUGCCGGAGUUCAGACAUCAUCAAUUGCAUAUGCUGAUGAAAAAUCUUCCAUAGUUGUGGCAUGCCAAGCCUUUUCUGGUUCAUCUCUUUACAUGUAUGGUGAAGACAAACCAAAAGGAGACGCCAGCGCCACACAACAGUCCAAGUUGCCUCUCCCAGAGAUCAAAUGGGAAUCCCAUAAAGUUCAUGACCAAAGGGCUAUUAUCACUCUGUUUAGUUCCAUGGCUACUUAUGGUAAUGCCGAUGGGAGUUCAAUUGUUGUUUCAUGCUCAGAAGGUACUGAUAUUUUAAUUGUUCAUGGUAAAACUGGAAACGUCUUGGGUAGACUUGACACAAAUCAGCUUAAAAACAACAUGGCCACUAUAUCUCCCAAUGGGCGUUUUGUUGCUGCUGCAGCUUUCACUGCUGAUGUUAAGGUCUGGGAGAUUAUGUACUCAAAAGAUGGUCUUGUGAAGGAAGUGAAAAAAGUUAUGCAGCUUAAGGGGCACAAGAGUGCAGUGACUUGGCUCUGUUUUACUCCAAAUUCAGAUCAAAUAAUUACUGCAUCUAAGGAUGGUUUUAUAAGGGUGUGGAACAUCAAUGGUAUAUAUCAUCUUGAUGAGGACCCUAAAACAUUGAAAGUGGUUCCUAUUCCACUUCAUGAUGCAAAAGGAGUGACCUUACACUAUGACCGUAUGUGCCUGUCACCUGAUGGAAACAUAUUGGCAGUCACCCAUGGUUCAACAUUGCAAUGGUUACAUCCUGAUACGGGGAAGGUCUUGGAUUCAGCGGAGAAAGCCCAUGAUGGUAACAUCACAGACAUGGCUUGGUCACCUCGUAUGAUCUCUGCAGGAGGCAAGAAAGAAUGGAUAUUGGCCACAUCCAGCACAGAUAAGAAAGUGAAACUUUGGGCAGCUCCAUCUUUGCAUUCAUCAGCAUAAAUGUGAUUCAGAAAGUUGAUGCAGAAAUCAACAAUCACAGGUGGAGCGCUACUAAUCUUGAUGCAGAAAGUUGAAGUUUUCUUGUAGUGACCUUUACACAUAUGACCCCAGGCCCUGACCACUACCCUCCACUGCUGUGAUUCAUGGCGUGACAACGGCAUUUGGUACACUGAGAUGUUAUUAUGCCUAUGUAACAUGGCUUUCAUCAUUUGCAAUUUGCUUUGCUUUGUAUUGCAGAUGAUCAUGAAUGUUAAGAGCAGCUUUUAGUUUAUUAUUUAAGAUAAGAUUAUUUUGGAUGGGAAAGUUGAGUUAAUGCAAGUUAUGCAACUGUUACUUCAUAAGUUAUCUAGUCAUGGAC